CCAGUGAACAACAAGAUGGGAACUGUGGGAGCUGAGUCACUGCUGGGAGUGAACGAGAGGGGGAGGAGCAGAGAUCUGUAUCUGUUCAGAGGAAGUGAACCUGUUCUUCAGUCUCUGGCAGCAGCUGAAAUGGCGCAGCAGGAAAUACUCUCCUGCUCGAUCUGUCUGGAUCUACUGAAGGAUCCGGUGACAACUGUCUGUGGACACAGCUACUGUAAGAGCUGUAUUAACAACCACUGGGACAAAGGGGAGGAGAGAGGAAGCUACAGCUGCCCUCAGUGUAGACAGACCUUCACACCGAGGCCUGUCCUGGGGAAAAACACCAUGUUAGCUGAUUUAGUGGAGGAGCUGAAGAAGACUGGACUCCAAGCUGCUCCUGCUGAUCACUGCUAUGCUGGACCUGAAGAUGUGGCCUGUGAUGUCUGCACUGGGAGAAAACUGAAAGCUCUCAAGUCCUGUUUGGUUUGUUUGGCCUCUUAUUGUGAAAAACACCUCCAGCGUCAUCUUCAGUCAGCUCCACUGAAGAAGCACAAGCUGGUGGAGCCCUCAGAGAAGCUCCAGGAGAACAUCUGCUCUUGUCACGACGAGGUGAUGAAGAUGUUCUGCCGCACUGAUCAGCAGUGUAUCUGUUAUCUCUGCUCUGUGGAUGAACAUAAAAACCACGACACAGUGUCAGCUGCAGCAGAAAGGACUGAGAGGCAGAGAGAGCUCGGGCUGAGGAGACAAACAAUCCAGCAGAGAGUCCAGGACACAGAGAAAGACGUGAAGCUGCUUCAACAGGAGGAGGAGGCCAUCAAUGGCUCUGCUGAUAAAGCAGUGGAGGACAGUGAGGAGAUCUUCACUGAGAUGAACCGUCUGCUGGAGAAAAGAAGCUCUGAUGUGAAGCAGCAGAUCAGAUCCCAGCAGGAAACUGAAGUGAGACGAGUCAGAGAGCUUCAGGAGAGACUGGAGCAGGAGAUCACUGAGCUGAAGAGGAAAGACCAUGAACUGAAGCAGCUCUCAGACACAGAGGACCACAACCAGUUUCUACACAACUACCCCUCACUGUCACCACUCAGUGGAUCUACACACUCAUCCAGCAUCAGGAUCCGUCCUCUGAGGUACUUUGAGGACGUGACAGCAGCUGUGUCCCAGGUCAGAGGUCGACUACAGGACAUUCUGAGUGAGACAGAGACAGAGAUUUUACAGAUUUUGUCUCAAGUGGAUAUUUUUCUACCACAACCAGAUCCAGAGACCAGAGCUGACUUCUUAAGAUAUUCAAAGGAAAUCACACUGGAUCCAAACACAGCAAGCACAGAUCUGGUAUUAUCUGAGGGAAACAGAAAAGUAACAUAUAUGAGUGAAGAUCAGUCUUAUUCUAAUCACCCAGACAGAUUCAAUGAUUGGGAACAGGUCCUGAGUAGAGAGAGUCUGACCGGACGUUGUUACUGGGAGUUGAAGAUGAAUGUGGGAAGAGGAGUUGGUGUAGCAGUAACAUACAAGAAUAUCAGCAGAGCAGGACGCUCAGAUGAAUGUGCAUUUGGAUACAAUGAUAAAUCUUGGUCAUUAUCUUGUUGUAGAAACAGUUAUACAUUUUAUUACAACAGGAUCAAGACUCCAGUGUCAGUUCCAUUGUCCAUCAGAGUAGGAGUGUACCUGGAUCACAGUGCAGGUGUUCUGUCCUUCUACAGAGUCUCUGACACCAUGACUCUCCUCCACAGAGUCCAGACCACGUUCAAUCAGCCUCUCUAUGCUGGAGUUAGGGUUUGUCAUUAUGGAUCCACAGCUGAGUUCUGUCAGGAAGUGAACGAGAGGGGGAGGAGCAGAGAUCUGUUCCUGUUCAGAGGAAGUGAACCUGUUCUUCAGUCUCUGGCAGCAGCUGAAAUGGCGCAGCAAGAAAUUAAACUGGACAGGGAAAGAUUCUGCUGUUCGAUCUGUCUGGAUAUACUGAAGGAUCCGGUGACUACUGUCUGUGGACACAGCUACUGUAAGAGCUGUAUUAACACCCACUGGGACAAUGGGGAGGAGAGAAGACACUACAGCUGUCCUCAGUGUAGACAGACCUUCACACCGAGGCCUGUCCUGGGGAAAAACACCAUGUUAGCUGAUUUAGUGGAGGAGCUGAAGAAAACUGGACUCCAAGCUGCUCCUGCUGAUCACUGCUAUGCUGGACCUGAAGAUGUGGCCUGUGAUGUCUGCACUGGGAGAAAACUGAAAGCUCUCAAGUCCUGUUUGGUUUGUUUGGCCUCUUAUUGUGAAAAACACCUCCAGCGUCAUCUUCAGUCAGCUCCAUUGAAGAAGCACAAGCUGGUGGAGCCCUCGGAGAAGCUCCAGGAGAACAUCUGCUCUCGUCACGACGAGGUGAUGAAGAUGUUCUGCCGCACUGAUCAACAGUGUAUCUGUUAUCUCUGCUCUGUGGAUGAACAUAAAGACCACGACACAGUGUCAGCUGCAGCAGAAAGGACUGAGAGGCAGAGAGAGCUCGGGCUGAGGAGACAAACCAUCCAGCAGAGAGUCCAGGACACAGAGAAAGACGUGAAGCUGCUUCAACAGGAGGAGGAGGCCGUCAAUGGCUCUGCUGAUAAAGCAGUGGAGGACAGUGAGGAGAUAUUCACUCAGAUGAUCCGUCUGCUGGAGAAAAGAAGCUCUGAUGUGAAGCAACAGAUCAGAUCCCAGCAGCAAACUGAAGUGAGUCGAGUCAGAGAGCUUCAGGAGAGACUGGAGCAGGAGAUCACUGAGCUGAAGAGGAAAGACCAGGAACUGAAGCAGCUCUCAGACACAGAGGAUCACAACCAGUUUCUACACAACUACCCCUCACUGCCACCACUCAGUGGAUCUACACACUCAUCCAGCUUCAGGAUCCGUUCUCUGAGGAACUUUGAGGACGUGACAGCAGCUGUGUCCCAGGUCAGAGGUCGACUACAGGACAUUCUGAGUGAGACAGAGACAAAGAUUUUACAGAUUUUGUCUCAACUGGAUGUUUUACUACCACAACCAGAACCAGAGACCAGAGCUGACUUCUUAAGAUAUUCACAGGAAAUCACACUGGAUCCAAACACAGUAAACAAACGUCUGUUAUUAUCUGAGGGAAACAGAAAAGUAACACAUACGAGUGAAGAUCAGUCUUAUUCUAAUCACCCAGACAGAUUCACUCAUAAGCCUCAGGUCCUGAGUAGAGAGAGUCUGACUGGACGUUGUUACUGGGAGGUGGAGGUGAAGCCGGGGUGGAUAGGGGGAGUUGGUGUAGCAGUCACAUGCAAGAAUAUCCGCAGAGCAGGAGACUCACCUGAAUGUGGAUUAGGACACAAUGAUAAAUCUUGGUCAUUAUAUUGUUUUGUAAACAGUUAUAGCUUUUAUCACAACAGCAUCAGCACUCCAGUGUCAGGUCCUCUGCCCUCCAGAGUAGGAGUGUACCUGGAUCACAGUGCAGGUGUUCUGUCCUUCUACAGCGUCUCUGACACCAUGACUCUCCUCCACAGAGUCCAGACCACAUUCACUCAGCCUCUCUAUGCUGGAGUUAAUGUUUUUGGAGCCACAGCUUGUGUAAGCUUGUGUAAACUCAAAUAGACUUGAGUCAUUAACAGCAGUGAUUUAGAUUCUGUGUGUUAAUCUUUAACUUCUUUUGUCUCCAUGUUUGUUGAUCAAAGUUCGUUGUGGUGAUGUUUCUGCUCCGCACAUUGAUCAGCUGUCAAUCAUUCCUGACGGGCGGCACUAUGACGUCCUCUCAUUGGUCGUUGUGUUGAUGUUUAAGUUUGUUGCAGAACAAGUGGAAAAGACUGUUGCACCACCACAAGGGGGCAACUUUAUUUUGUGGACCACACCCUGUGGUAUGUGUUGUGCACACAACUUUCAUCUGUCAGGCUGGACUCUGUCAGGCUGGCUCUAUGAAGCAUUCUAAUAUCUCUCUUUAUCUUCAGCCGCGCUGCAGAGGUUAUCCAAAUGAAUCCUUUUCAACACGUGGCAUGAAAUUCAAAAACGUCAGCUCUUCUUGGGUUUUUCAGAAUGAUGUGUGUGUGUAUGUUCCGUGUCAAAACAUCUAUGUGUGUUUUUUAGGAUAUCUUUUUCAUGCUGUGUUUUUAAAAAUUACUGCAUUGUUUUGUGGCUUUGUUUUCUUCUCCGUCUCCUGAGCUGAAAAGGUGAAAUAUGUAACUGCACUUUUAAUAAAGAAAAUCGUGUGCUUCUUUAAA